UAUCCGUCUCAUCUUUCAAGAAUUCCAUUCAAGGCAAAAAUGGUGGGAGCCUUCUCUUCCUACUCCCACUUCCCCCUCUCUUCCUCCGUCUGUGCCCUGUCCGCCCCCAGGAAAUCCUCUUCUACCUUCUUCCCCCCUCUCGCCUCGAUUCCCAACGCCCGGAUCUCGCAUCGCGCAGCAGGACCUCCUGGUUCAAGAAAGAAGACCAGUGAUAAUCUAAUUGCGGAGAUUUCCCCCCAUAGAGCCGCAUCUGCAGUGAGAUUGUUAAGGAUCGAGCAUGGUGGUGCGUUCGCAGACCUGUUGAACGAGAAAGGGAGGAAUUCGGCGGAGAAUGAGAUGGGUUACGUCGAGAGGACGCUUGGGUUCCGUACGCGGGAUUUGGAUGAUAGAGAUAUGAGAUUGGUGACUGAAAUCGUUGGAGGAACUGUCCGUUGGAGACGCUAUCUUGAUCAUCUCAUCAUGUCUCUCUGCAGUGAGGAGAAGAUGUUUAGAGACAUGGAACCACUUCUGUUGCAAGUACUUCGUAUUGGGUUUUAUGAGAUCAUCAAGUUAGGCAUGCCCCCAUAUGCUGUUGUUGACGAGAAUGUAAAACUUGCAAAAAGGGCUCUAAGGCCUGGAGCAGGAAAUUUGGUGAAUGGGAUUUUGCGGAAGCUGGUUUCGCUGAAGGAAACAGAUUCACUUCCCCUCCCAAAGGUAGCUGGUGAUGAUCGUGCACAAGCUCGUGCUCUGGCCAUUAUACAUUCCCACCCUGUGUGGAUGGUGAGGAGAUGGAUGAAAUUUUGGGGGAUCGAAGAAUCUGUGAGAUUAAUGAAUUGGAACAAUAGUGAUCCAUGCUUUGGCCUAAGGGUUAACACUGCAAAAGGUUAUACAAGAAAUGAUCUUGUUAAUCGGCUGAAAUCUUUGAAGGUUCCUCAUGAGCUUUCUACGUUUUUGGAGGAUUUUGUUCGUCUCCAAACUGGAAUGCAGACUGUUAUACAAGCUGGCCUAUUAAAAGAAGGUAUAUGUUCAGUUCAGGAUGAGAGUGCAGGUCUAGUUGUGUCUGUUGUGAACCCACAACCCGGAGACACCAUUGUUGAUUGUUGUGCUGCCCCUGGUGGAAAGACUCUUUUUUUGGCUUCACGUUUAAAAAGCCAAGGUAUGGUAUUGGCAAUUGAUGUAAAUAAAGGCCGCUUAAGAAUUCUCAAAGAAGCAUCCAGGUCACAUAAUGUCAAUGAUGUGGUCACUACCACCAAUGCUGACCUUCGUUUAUAUGCUGAAAAACAUAAUUUGAAGUUUGACAAAGUCUUGUUGGAUGCUCCCUGCUCUGGACUUGGUGUCCUAUCCAAGAGAGCAGAUUUACGCUGGAAUAGACGGUUAGAAGAUUUGGAGCAAUUGAUGAAUUUGCAGGAUGAGCUCUUUAAUGCAGCUUCCAUGUUGGUAAAGCCUGGUGGUGUACUUGUGUAUAGCACUUGCUCCAUUGAUCCCGCAGAAAAUGAGGAGAGGGUUUCAGCAUUUCUCCUCAGGCAUCCAGAAUUUGUUGUACAACCAGUACAUGGAUUUGUCCCUCCAGAUUGUAUUACUGAGAAGGGUUAUUACUUCUCAAACCCAGUCAAGCAUCACAUCGAUGGAUCCUUUGCUGCUCGGCUAGUCAAAUCCUCAAGAUCUACAUGCCAGAAGCCUAUUCCUUAAUGAGUUUAGCUAGCACCAUAUAUUGUUUUACCUCCACCGGGCAUUUAUAUGUUUCUUUUAAGCAGGAGAGGUCCAGAGCUGUGUGGAUAUCUGACCUUGUGAUGUGAGCUGGGCAAAUUAUUAUAUCGGAGACAAGAAAGUUCAUUUAGGAUGGCUCAGUAAAUGAGAUUCUUCUUCUUUUAUCAGUUAACUGAAGGAAAAUCAAGGGAAGUACCUCAACAGCGGCUAGACUUUGUCUUGCAAGUUGCUCAGCUCGACUCAUUUACAAUUACACUAUGUUUCUGUUCAUGACACAACAAAGUAGGAACAUAUUGCAGUUGGAAAUGACACCCCACAAAAAUGGCAGUUCAUCACCAAAUCUGUAGUUAUUUUUGCCUGGAAAAAGUUAGGACUAGUGAACUGCUGUGGAAGACAUCAACUGCAGUCAAGAAACAACCAAGAGGUUUUGGGAUGUUCAAAGGCAUGUGUGAUUGUGUCUUGCAGUUGUUGGACUCGAACGAGGAUUAAGCUUAUAGAUUGGAAUCAAGUUUUCAUUUGGCAGCUCACUAUUUUAGCCAGUUGCACUGUUUGCUGAAUGCUCUUUAACAUUUUUGGUCAAGCAAUCACACAAUUUCAAUGGAAAAAAUGACUUCUAAGUUAUAUAGGUUUGGUUUUUGCUUUGAUUCAUUUUUAUUUUGUUUUAGGUCCAGAAUGCGUUUGUUUUGCAUAUUAUGAAUCAUUUAUGGAGUAGUAAAAUGCCAGUCACAGAAUAUAUGAAGUUGUGUCUUUUAUCUUGUGUUCA